GUGCUAUACAAGGUCUUCAACUCUUUUGUGGAGCUGGGCCCAGCGCAUAUCCACGCCACAGACUACGUGAAGGGGCCUCCUUCUUCCUGGUGAGCCUGGGGGGCACAGCCGUGGGGCUGCUCUUCGCCUUCCUGCUGGCCCUGAUCACGCGGUUCACCAAGCGCGUGCGCAUCAUCGAGCCGCUCUUCGUCUUCCUCCUGGCCUACGUCGCGUACCUUGCUGCCGAGAUGGUCUCGCUUUCCGCCAUCCUGGCAGUCACCUUCUGUGGGAUCUGCUGCAAGAAGUAUGUGGAAGCCAACAUCUCCCAGAAAUCCCGUACCACAGUCAAGUACACCAUGAAGACACUGGCCAGCAGCUCAGAGACCAUCAUCUUCAUGUUUCUGGGCAUCUCGGCUGUGGACACCUCCAAGUGGACAUGGGACACGGCACUGGUGCUGGGCACCCUGUUCUUUAUCCUGCUCUUCAGAGCCGUGGGUGUUGUUCUCCAGACAUACGUGCUCAACCGCUUCCGCCUCAUCCCCCUGGACAGGAUCGACCAGGUGGUCAUGUCAUAUGGUGGCCUCCGUGGGGCCGUGGCCUUCGCCCUGGUCAUCCUGCUGGACAGGGAAAAGGUGAAAGCCAAGGACUACUUCGUGGCAACGACCAUCGUGGUGGUGUUCUUUACUGUCAUUGUACAGGGCCUCACCAUCAAACCCCUGGUGACGUGGCUGAAGGUGAAGCGCAGUGACCACCACAAACCCACACUGAACGAGGAGCUGCAUGAGCACGCCUUUGACCACAUCCUGGCAGCGGUGGAGGACAUCGUGGGGCACCACGGCUACCACUACUGGCGGGACAAGUGGGAGCAGUUUGACAAGAAAUACCUGAGCCAGCUCCUGAUGCGGAAAUCUGCCUACAGGCUGCGGGAUGAGAUCUGGGAUGUUUACUACAAGCUGAACAUCCGUGAUGCUAUCAGCUUUGUUGAUCAGGGUGGCCACGUGCUCUCAGCUGCCAAGCUGGCGCUGCCCUCCAUGCCCAGCCGCACGUCCAUGUCAGAGUCAUCAGUCACAAACCUCCUGAGGGAGAGCGGGAGCGGCGCAUGCCUGGACCUGCAGGUGAUCGACACGGUGCGGAGCCGCCGGGACAAGGAGGAUGCUGCCAUGCACCACGUGCUGCGGGGGAGCCUCUACAAGCCCCGCCGGCGGUACAAGGCCAGCUACAGCCGUCACUUCAUCUCUCCAGAUAAACAAGAGCGCCAAGAUAAAGAAAUCUUCCGGCAGAACAUGAAGAGGCGUCUGGAGACCUUCAAGUCCACAAAGCACAAUGUCUGCUCCUCCAAGAGCAAGGCCAGGCUGAAGGAAAAAGGCAGGAAAAAGAAGAACAUAUCUCUGACCAAAGAGGCACCCAACGGGAAGACGCACAGAAAUGUCCCCUGGCAGGAUGCAGCUCCUGUCCUGGUGAUGGUCAGCUCAGAGGAGGAGGAGAGCGAUAGCUCAGAGACGGAGAAAGAGGACGAUGAGGGGAUUGUGUUUGUUGCGCGAGCCACUGAUGAGGUCCUGCAGGGAAAGACAACUCCUGGCAGCCUGGAUGUCUGCCCCAGCCCUUGCAUCAUCCCUCCAUCGCCCACCUUGGCAGAGAAGGAGCUGCCAUGGAAAGGAGACCAGGCUGAUCUGGCUGUUUAUGUCUCCUCGGAGACCACCAAAAUUGUGCCAGUGGAUAUGCAGAAGGCAUGGAACCAAAGCAUCUCCUCCCUGGAGAGCAUCGCUUCCCCCCCAGGCAUCGAGAGCGGACCUCAGCACAGGAGAUUUGCCUGCCCUGUGCUGGAGGAGCAACCCCAGUCUGCAAGCCAGGCGAUGCCAGAGCAGAGCUCCUGCUUCCAGUUCCCCAGCCAUGUCUCCAAGAGCGGCCGGUCACAGAGUGACAGCAGCCCGGACGGUCCUGAGCAGCAGGAGCUGCAGCCUUUGAUGGCCACAGAGGAGCAGGGCAGGAUGCCACCCACUGCAGAGCCCAGGUGGCUGAUGUUCAACAGAGCAAGCCACCUCUGAGGCACCCUGUGGAUUGGGAAGGGGCUGAGAGCUGCAGACAGGCUGUGACCUGCUGACUGCUCUGUCUUGCACUGCAAAGCUUGUGUGUGUCUCCAUAAACUCCAGGAGUGGCAGGGGAACCCAGUACUCCUCCUGGAGCUGUACUCCAGGGUGUGCUUUGCCCAUGCACCUACUGAUGCAAACCUGGUCAAUAACUGGUCUUUGUGCUGCAACAGCAGGUACCAGCCCCUGUCUGCCCAGGGAGGCACAGAUCCCAAACCUCAUUCUUUCUCUCUGGUCCCUACACAUCUCUGCAGCUGGGAGGUUAGAGAUAUUUCUCCCAGGGCUGGAAUCCCAAACAGACUUGAUCCUGUCAUGGCUGUGCUGCCCUGAGGUGGUGGCUGCUCACAGGUGUAAGAGUAUGAGCUGAUCUCCAGCCUGGCUGUGAGUAGGAGACCUCUUGGAAAAGGGCUGAGAGCAGGAGUGGUUCACAAGAGUCCAUCCACACCCAGUGACUGAGCCGUUGACUUCAAGGUGUCCACAGUGCUCACAGCACGCUUGGAGCUCAGCCAGGAGCUCAGAGAUAGGCUCCUUGCCACGACAGCCCUGUGUUCCCUGGGUUAUGGAGGCACCACAGAGGCAAGGCCAUGACUUUCUCAGGACUGGGAGCAGCGCUCCUGGGGUUUGGCUCCACCAGGAGCUGGACUAGUGAACCUGUACACACAGGGACUCCUCUAACAGCCAACCUGCUGUGCCAGUCUCACGCCUGUCACCUGGAUGUGUUCCCAACAGCUGCAGUGUUCAGCUUUCUGGAUUUACUGGGAGGCAGCUGCCUUGCACAGCAUCCUUGGUCCCUUCUCCUCACGUCCCAGGCCCUCCAAUUGCCUGGGGUGCAUCAGCUGGGAGGACUGGUCAUGGUGCAAGGAGUGGAGCAGGUAUCAGGUACAUCAGGAGCAGGGGUGAUGGGUGUGAGCAGCGUGCAUCUUCAAACGUCUGUCCCCAACACCUGCAUCCCAGCCACCCCUGUGCCCUCCUCAGAGGGUGGUGAGAGCUGGUGGCCCACACGAUGAAUUGCUUCUGGUGUGACCCCAGGGGCCAAGAAUUUCUCCCCAAGAAGUGUUUAGCCACAAAAGAGCACAAUGGCUGGGCACUGGCAGAGCCAGGAGGGUUGUGGGUUGCUCCUCUUUGGAAAAAAUGGGAACUUGGACUGUUAAUGCUCCAAGCAGAUAAAAGCCUGCCUUUUCCAGCUCUGUGGGUUUGCUGAGACAGCAGGUGCCAAGGGGACACUUGGAUGCACUGAAUGUGCCCAGUGUGGAGCAGGUGAGCUGGUGGGACCCCCAGCCCUGCCAGCAGGGCUCAGGAGAGACCCUUCAGCUCUGUACCUGUUCCACCAGAUGAGCAUGAGGUUUUUAAAAGGUUUUUAUAUAGUUUUGCAUUUCUGGUAUGACUUACUCUAGUUUUGAUUUCUGAUAUUGGGCCAUACUAAAUCUCUAGUUGGGUCAGUGUUUUCUGUAGCCAUGGGCACUACAAAUGACUCAAGACUUAAUAUAUUAUUUGCAAUGAUAUUGUUAUAAUGUGAAAAUAUAUGCACAGUAUUUUGUAAUGUUCAAUAAACUGGAGUUGGAGCAGA